CUAUUACUGGCAGAUCCAUUGAUUGAACUCUGAUUCCGUGUCUCCCUCCUUCCUCUGUCGCCCCAAGUCUUGCUCAAGUCUUCGCCUACUCCCCAAUCUCUCUGUGCGCGUGAUCCCUUAGAUCUAAGGACGUCACACCCCGCCUCCCCUGCUCCCGCAGUGUCCCGGCGACCCACCUCGCCCCGCCUCCACACCGCCUGCAUCCCCCAUUACUUUUGCUCCCCAGCCCCCCGGCCGCCAGGCACGAGAAUCUGCCAUUCUCCUGGGUCCUGGCGCGGGGGUGGCGUCUUCGUGCCAGCAGGCAGCAGUCGGCGAGAGCUGGUCGCCUCAACGGCUCCGUUCGCUUCGUCUAUGCAGUUCCCGUCAAAGGAGCAAGCAAAGGAGAGGUCAAGGGACUGGGAAAUCUAUUUCUUUAAACCAUCCGUCAAGUGGGUUCCAUACUUGAGGUGGCACACCACACACUAAGAAAUUUUCCUGGUUCUGCCACUGCAUCCAGCUAGCGGCUUAUCCUUGCAAUGACGUUCAGAAUCAAGGUACACGGUGUUGAAAUGCUCAACCCCGUCGUCAUCCAAUUUGUCGUCACCCUCACUACCUCGCUCAUGGUGACCCGAUUUGUGCUGGAUGCUUUGCGGCAUCGGUCAACAGGCAAUGGCAUGAGAAGGACACUGAUCAUUUUGGACCCAGUAACCCAAGCAUUGACCGUAUACAGUCUUGGGAUCAUGCAACGCCACUCCGAUAAGGACUACUACUACAAGGUGUGGGCUGUGCUGUUGGUCACCCUCCGUUACAGCGUGAAGAUAGGCCGCCCGGCCGGCAUCGCCCUGAAGCAAACCCCGUUGGUCGAUCUGAUGUCCUCCUUCUGGGCUGCCAACAUCCUUCACUCUAAGGCACCCAAGAUUCUCAAGGUAACUGGUUGGCUGCUUUGGUCAGUCAACUCUUUACGCAUCAUCCAUGGUUUUGUCUCCUCAGAGUUCGCCAAUAAUAGCCACAGAGAAAAUUUGAAGUUAUUAACAGAGUACAUGCGUCAUGAGCAUAAAGCGGGUGGUGCUUGUGCUGAUGGUGACCCUAGCACAAUGAAAGGGUACAGGUACUUGGUGCGAGGUGAAACCAAGAAAUGGAAGAAGAAAGAAACCGGCGGACAAGCAAGAGAUGGUGAUAUGGCCGGGGAAAGUGAGAAUAUCAGGAGUCUCUUGCAGGCGUUGGGAGAUAAGGACAAGGAGGUCCUGACGCUUGAGAAGAUCUGGGAGGAGCCGGCUGAGUCGCCCGACGCCCUUGACAAGGAGCUCAAGGACCUCUGCCUCUCCUUUGCACUCUACAAGCUCCUUCGCAGGCGUUUCUUCAACUUCGUCAUCCACGAGGCCGAGCUGAAAAGGACGAGACAGCUGGUCCUUGAGGGGAUCCUUGGUGACUCAACGACCACGGCCGAAAGGGCGUUCCGUGUCAGCGAGGCCGAGGUGUCAUUCCUCAAUGACUUCUUCAACAGCAGGCAUGCCAUAAUAUUUGCAAAAGGCUUUCCGUUCAUCCGGCUCCUGCUAUCCACCAUUUUGAUAGGGGGGAUCGGAGGCAUGGCGGUUGCUAUCUAUAACUUCUCCAAGGUUGGUACAAGAGACGAGCUCGGCAAUGUUCAUGGCGGAGUAACUUUCACAUGGUUUCUCCUGUCGUUUCUUUUUGUAAAAGAGACAUGGGAGAUCGCAACUUACGUGUUCUCAGACUGGACCAAGAUAAUUUUGUUGUGCCAGUACGUGCAGAAGCCAUGGUGGCUGCGAAGCUCGGUGACCAAUGCUCUUGUGCGGAAGCUCUGUAGGCUCUCUGUGCCCUGGUUGCCAAGAUGGCACCGUACGGUCGGCCAAUGCAACAUUCUCUUCCCCUCCCGUUCUGUCUAUCCCACCUGGUUUUUCUUUCUACCAAGACAUUCUACAGACUUCGUCGAUCUGUCCCCGAAUGUGAAACAUACUGUGAUCAACUGCCUUAGAGACUGCUUGGCCGAGGAUCCCACGGGGCUGGACACUUACCUUGAGCGAGCAUUAGACAAAGUCAAGGAAACUCAGAAUUUUCAUGAUUUUCGCAAAAAUGUCAGGGAAGCUGUAAAGGAAGUGGAGGACUGUGUUCACAUUCUGCUGGUUUGGCAUAUUGCUACAUGCUACUGCGAGAUUCAUCUUCUCGAUAAAACAAGAAGGGUGAAAAUCAAUAUAUUUUCGAGUGGGCGAGACUUGGGCAGGCACAGACCUUCGGAGGGCGAACCAAAUCUUUUGUGGUCUCAUUACAUGGUGGCUAGAACAUUGUCGCAGUACUGUGCGUAUGUGCUCACACUGGUUCCUCCUCUAGUGCCUGGGAACAGCCUAAUGGCCACGUCGGUGCUGGAAAAGGUUCUUGAAGAAAAAAGUCACCUUUUCGUCACAAGAUUUUACUCCUGGGUCCCUUGUUAUCGGUCCACCCGGAUGCUUGAAAAACUCAGGAAAUAUGCAUCAGAGGAAAAACAGGGCGAGGAAAAACAGAACGACCAAGAAGGGGACGAGGAAAACCAGGAUGGGAAAGAAGAGGAAAUCUAGACGACACCAUAUUGAAGAAGGGGGCAAUUCUUGGCAAGAAGCUGAUAGAAGCGUUCAGCGAUGACCAGUCAGAAGAUCUGUGGAGGUUCUUGUCAGAGUUCUGGGCCGGAUUCGUUAUCCACAUGGCUGCAUCUACAAGGGCUUCUCAGCACAAGAUAGUUCUGAGCUCUGGCGGGGAGCUCAUGACACAUCUCUGGGCGUUGCUUAGCCAUGCCGGCAUCCUAGGGUCGGUUCAGCACGGCGACCAAGACAUUUAUACAGCGCAAACGCAAGGACACGUUUACGAUCUGAGUGUGCAGUAUUAGGUGGGAAAAUCUGCACUGCCGUUUCAUGUGAAAAUGUAUGGAGAUAAGUGGGUUUCGAAAUAGAGAUGCUUCAUCUGGUGUCUAAGAAGCUUUUUCCCAAGCGACACACGAGGUGUUCUGGCAUGGGCAUAGCUGGGUGCCUAGGAUCAGAAGAAUUUGUGAUGGCUGACAGAUCUUCGACUUGCUGGAGGUUGCUUAUGUGUAUUUUAAGUUUAUCAAUAUCCGUAGUCAUUGCUGCUACUUUAAGUUUAUCAAUAUCCGUAGUUAUUGCUGCUACUUCCUAUUGUUAGCCUGUA